AUGUUGCCGCUGAUGACCACGUUGCUGUUGGCCGCGUCCACCCGCCAAGCCGCUGUUGGAGGCCGCCGGUCGUGCGCCCAGCCGCCCGACGGCGCACCCUCCCGGGCUCCCGCCGCAUUGGACGUUGGAACGCAUGCGAUUGCCGCCGUUGGAGGCUGGCCACUGGAAGGCCGCACCCUCCCGAGCUCCCCAUUGGAAGGCCGCGCGCCCCCGCCGCUGAAGGCCGCCACGCCGCCCGCUGGAGGUCGCGCGCCCCCGUCACUGGAGGCCGGCCGCGGACCUCCUAGAAACCGGCCGCCCUGCCGUUGGAUCUCGGCCGCUCCGCCGCUGCAGCCCUGCUUCCUCGCUGCUGGAGCGCCGCCUCCACGCGCACCUCGCUGCUGGAGCGCCGCCUCCUCGCCGCCCGCCCCUGGAGUGCCACGCCCGCCGCUUGUUUCGUGCUGCCCCGAGCUCUAG